ACUGCACAUGCCCUAGAUUCCGCAUCCCAUUCCACAUCACAAGCAUGGCAGUCGGCGCAGAAAACAACUUUGCGCAAUUCAUGGUAGUUGGACCGACGUGUUUUUUCCUCGGCAUCCUCUUCGCGCAACUGCCCUACGACUAUAAUGUCUUGUGGACGACGCCCGAAGACCGCGCAUCCUAUUUUGACAUUCUCGAGUCGCACAUCAAGUUCCUCUAUGCCUCGCCCCCGAUAGUCUCGCGCAUCCUCAAUCUCGUCAUCGGCACCGGCCUCCUCGGCUUCCUAAUCAAGCUCUUCAAGCCCAACCAAGCCAAUAUGCUUUUUGACGGCGCAUCUCUCGUCCUGUACAUGGCCGGCAUCACCGUCUACCUGACCAACAUUGUCAAGGGCUUCCGCGUCGUCACGGCUGGUAUCUACGGUGAGAUGGACAAGGCUAACCCGGGCGAGAUUACCGAAGAGGACAUGGGCGACUACAUCUCGAGAGAAGACACACUCAGGGUCUUUGCAGCCAGUAAUACCAUUCUUGCGCUUGUCCUUGUGGGCGUCUUGGUGUUACAAGCGGGUCAGUGGUAUGCCAAGAGGGCCGAGGAGCAGGAGAUUCGAGAAAUGGAGCGUCUGGCUGAAGAGAAGAAGGUAGCGGGGAAGAAGAAGCAGUGAUUGUUUGCUUUAUUUCUCUUCGGGUUCAAAAGAAAGCUUUGCAAGCUUAGUUAGGAUUUCUGGAUAGACUCUCGUCUAACAAACUCAUGUCCGUUGCGCCCUGAACGAAACCUUUGGAGGGUUCAUGCAGGGUUGUGUGUUUGGUAUUCCUUCACCUGAGAAACUGCAUGCUGCCUGGGUGCAGGAGGGAUGGAAAAGAGCAAAUAUGUAUGCAUCUCAUCUCGAGCUAUAUAUGUAGUGUUGAAUCUUCACAUUCCACUUU